AUGACGACGAUUGACGUGGCAUCGAAUAAGACUCUCGUGGGGCUUGGAUUUAAAGGUGUUAUCCGUGGCAGAGGACUGCGCUUCGUUUACGGCUCCUCGAACGUUAUCAUCCAGGACAUUCAUAUCACAGACAUUAAUCCAGGAUACGCCUGGGGUGGAGAUGCGAUAAACAUGGACGGAUGUGAUUUGAUUUGGAUUGACCAUGUGAAGAUUUCAUUGGUUGGCCGGCAGAUGACAUCUAUGGGAUAUGAAUUCAAUGGACGUGUCACCAUCUCGAACACCGAGUUUGACGGAAGAACCAAUCAUUCUGCUACGUGUGACGGACAUCAUUACUGGACCAUCCUUGGACUUGGAGAAAAUGAUAAAGUGUCAUUCUUCAACAACUGGAUCCAUCAUACCUCUGGGCGCUCUCCAGACUUGGGUUCCGUGAGCACCUGGCACAUUUUCAACAACUACUGGUCCAACAACACAGGGCAUGCAUGCUCUGUCACCCCGAGCCUGCUAUUCUAG